AUGUUCUACACUCAUGUGCUUAUGAGUAAACGAGGGCCAUUGGCCAAAAUAUGGCUUGCAGCUCACUGGGAGAAGAAACUCACAAAGGCGCAUGUGUUUGAGUGUAAUCUGGAGAUAACCAUUCAAAAAAUUCUCUCCCCCAAGGUGAAAAUUGCACUCCGAACUUCAGGGCACCUUCUUUUGGGAGUUGUUCGAAUCUAUAAUAGGAAGGCAAAAUAUCUUUUGGCAGAUUGCAGUGAAGCAUUUCUUAAGAUGAAGAUGACAUUUCGCCCAGGACUGGUUGACCUCCCAAAAGAGAAUUUUGAAGCAGCUUACAACACUAUCACAUUACCGGAAGAAUUUCAUGAUUUUGACAUCUAUAAUAUGAAUGAUAUUGAUGUUUCAGAGCCCCUUGCUCAGAACCAAAGCAAACCAGAGGAAAUCACACUUAGAGAAGAAUAUAGCAAUGAUCUGCUUUUCCAAGCUGAGAGUUUUGGAAAUGAACCUGAAAUCCUCAGAAGACAGAGCUUAUUUGACGUCAGCGUAUUAAUGAACUCCAGUGGUCUUGUAGUUGAACAUAGUUCUGGAAGCCUCAUUGAGGAAAAAUCUUUGUUCUUUGACCAUGGAGAUGGAUUUGGAGAUGAAGGAGCGGCAGGAGAAAUGAUUGACAAUCUGUUGCAAGAUGAGAAUACCCUUUUAGAAGACAUAUAUUCAAACAAGGAAACUACUCUGCCUCCUGAGCUUCCCAGUAGUAUAAUAGUAGAACCAGGUAAUUCAGAUGACCAGUGCCUACCUGAAGAUGAAAAAGUAGAUGAAACAACAUCAUCAAAUGAAGAAGAAGGGUUUACUCUUGACCCAAUUGAUGGUUUAGUAAGAGACAUUGCUGAGAGAAGGAAAAACAGAAAGAGGAGGUUGCUCAUAGAUCCAGUCAAGGAGAUAAGUAGCAAGACUAUGCAUAAGCAGCUUACUUCCUUUGUUGACACUCUCAUGGUUCUGGACCUUGCACCCCCCACACAAAGAUUGAUGAUGUGGAAGAAGAGGGGAGGAGUGGAUACACUUCUGUCAACCGCUACCCAGGAUCUGAUUCAUGAUGAACUGAAAAAGUUGUUUGCAAAAUGCUUCCUGGCCUCUGACUUAAAACUUGCAAAACUUAUACAGAAGGAGUCAGUAAGGAAAGAAGUGGGAACCAAAAACAUUUUAGAGCCCUCAGUGAUAGAAGAGCCAAAUUCCCACAGAGAGUUAGAUCACCUCCAGGUUUGGAAUGAUGUGACUGAUGGAUCUAUGGGUAGCUUUCAGCAGGAUAUCACUAUGAAUAUUAACUCUGAGGGUAUCUUUGACAUGACUUCUCCAGCUGCUGAGGGAUUAUCUUUAAUGAAUGCUUCCUUGGCCCAAGAAAAUUGUCCAGUUGAAUUGGAGUCAUCAGUCAGCAAACAAAAUACUGAGGCAGAGAAAUGGAAUCAACGAUUAUUUCAGACAUUAAAUGAAUUACGGGAAUCCAACAAGAUGGGAGUGCAAUCUUUUAGUCUGCUAAAGCUAUGCAGAAAUUGUGACCGGAAACAGACAGCUGCCAAAUUUUAUACCUUUCUUAUCCUAAAAAAACAUCGAGUUAUUGAACUGAGCCAGAGUGUUCCCUAUGCAGAUAUUAUAGCUACAGUGGGACCAAUGUUCCAUAAGAUGUGGAGAGAUCAAGAGCAUGCAGGACUUGAGUUUCUGAGUUUGGUUAAUGUGGAAUUAACUUGACUUCCCAGCUUAAAUAAAUCUGGGGAGUUGGAACUUAGUAGCAAUAUAAUUUACUUGGAAGCUGUGACAGAGAAAUGCCUAAACCUUACCUUCCUCAGUUUGAGUGAAAACAAAAUCAAAGAUCUCAGUACAGCAGUAGUUUUGCAAAAUCUUAAAAGAAGAAGUUUUGACUUGUUUAACUGUAAGGUCACAAACCUGGAGGAUCACAGAGAAAGUACUUUUAAAUUGCUGAAGUAAAUCACAUGCUUAGGUGUUUGGGGCAGGAGGUAAUAUGAAACAACAGACUUGAAGUAGGAUGAAGAGGAAGAUGAAGGAGAUUCAGAAGUGGGAGAGGGAGAAGUAGGCUCACACUUCAUGAAAAAAGAAAUUCAGGAUGAUGACAAUUGUGUUAACGAGGGGGAAAAGGGGAACGAGGAAGGUGGUCAUCAGGGAGAGAAAAGGCACCUAGAUGCUGAGAAUGUUGGAGAGGAAGACGACGACUAG